AUGUUUUCGGUGUUGGCGUUGGCCACGCAGAUACUGGCCAAUGCCAAUUUCGCGACACAGGUAACUUUUUUGAUCAUUAAAAUAGUGUGGAUUUGUGAAAAUGUGAAAAAUUAAAUCUUUGAUAUUUUUUGAAUCCUCUCGGAGUUCUCAAAUCGUUUGGUGUUAGGAGUGUUUGUGUCACCGAUCACUGAAAAAUGAGGUUUCAAAUAUUAUUUAGUCAUUUUCAAAAGUAUGUGAAGUAAAAAGGAUAAAAUUGCGUCAGUAGAAGUAAAAAUUGAGGAGUCCUAAGACGACUUCAAGAUGUUUUUUAUCUGAAGCCUGGAACAGCAAUUAUUGGGAACUUCAAGGCCAACAUUUGCAAUACAAAACUUCCCGCGAAAAUCAUAGAAAAUGCUUUGAUUCUGAAAAACGUAUCCUAACAAGCUCGUUUUUGGUUUUUUUUUAAAUCCAGGGUUCCUAACUCUACCAAGAUUAAAAGUCUCCCACUAUCGCAUGCCGUUUGCAACAUUGUGUUCCCUUAGGACACCGUGAGCUCCAAGACGAGUGUGCCGUUGGUAAAUGUGCAUCAAGAGCAACCACAGUUUCAGAACGCCGACAAGUCCGACCUCGCCCCACCGCCAAAGGUAACAGAUGGUGAUUAAAAGAGAGAUAUUUUGAAGGUUUCAUCAGGUUUCCUUGAGGCUUUUUUUAGUUCGAAUAAGAAAAAAUGAACAGGUUUGGAGAGAGAAAAGUUUAGAAGAGGAUCUAAGCAGAGUUUUCAACUAGUCUAGCUAAUUUCCGAGAAAAUUUUAACCGUGAUAAACUGAGAAUUUUCUCGCAGAGUUAAACUUCAUCCUUGACUUUUGCUUCCUCGAAAACUGAGUUCCGAUUUCGGAUGACGUCAUCGGCUGAAGCUUCUUCUGAAUCGAUUUCCACGAAGGCUAUCAUAUGGGCAACUAAUUGACACUCGAUAUUGAUGACGACAUGUUUUUGUUUGCCUUUGUUCCGGCCAGCGGAUAUUUGAGCGAUUUCCUUGGCAAAUUUGAAAAAUUCCUUUUGCUGCGGCUUACCGAGAAGUUACCAUAUUUUUUCCGGUCUUCGCGAACUGUGAAAAAUAAGAUAAGCGUCAAAUAACAAAAUGAACCAAAUAUUAUGAAAGAUUAUUAAGAAAAAUAGUGACGGUUUAGGUGCGUCAAAUCCGGAUACCAGGCGACAUUUUGAUUGGCGGCGUUUUCCCAGUUCACACCAAAUCACAAAGUGGUGACGAGCCUUGUGGAGAAAUCGCUGAGACUAGGUGAUCCAGCCAGCUUCUAUAAAAAAAGAUAUAAACCUAUUCAAAAAACAUACUUAUUAUUAUACUUAUAAGUUCAAUCGUCCAAGGAUUUCGGAAAGGUGUUAGGGCUCCAAAGAAGUUGCGGUUAAAACGGAAGAUAACUUGCUUCCGCGCGCAAGUCGUUUCUGAUCGGUUGUUUAGAACUAUACCUUUUUUGAGGUUUAGCAUUGAGCCGUUUAAAGUAUAAUCAAGACAUUGGAGUCGUAGAAAUGAGGAGGUCAAAAAAGCCUUAUGUUCGAAAAAUGCAUCAUUAUUUUUACUGAAAAAAAAAAUACAAAUACUUUUUGAACCUUGUUUGAAAAACUUUUGAACAUAAUUUCAAGAACUGAAUCCGAUUUUUCAGAGGAGUUCACCGUGUGGAAGCGAUGCUUUACGCUCUCGAUCAAAUCAACGCUCAGAACGAUUUUUCUUCGAGGUUAUAAGCUGGUGAAUUUUUUUCGAGUUUUUCAAAGGAGAUCAUUCAAAGAUCCAUUAUAAAAUCAAUUUUUCGCAAGUUUUAUCUUUUAAAAAAAUCAAUUUUCAGGGUGCACUCAUCGUGGAUUCUUGUUCAAAUCCAGCCUACGCUCUGAAUCAAAGUUUGGAUUUUGUCAGGGAUUUGAUUGGAUCCUCAGAGGCGUCAGAUUACGUUUGCGAGUAAGCAAAUAAAAGCAGCUGGGCUGCGAUAAAAUGACCGUUUAGGAAUGGUCGAGAUCCGCAAAUCAGGAAACAAGGCCAGAAAAAAAGCGUAGCGGCUGUGGUAGGCGGGAGCUACAGCUCAGUUUCUGUACAGGUUCAAAGUUAUUUAUUCAAAAAAAACUUCUUUUUAUGCUAGGCAGCGGUUUAAUUAUUUCUUUCCUGAGGGUGACUCCAUAAUCGAUUAUCCUUCAUAACUAUUUUUAAGUUUUGUUCAGAUCCAUCAGAUGGAGUGUUCAGAUGGAGUGCUAUGUCUUUGUCAAUUUUCUCUUGGAAAAAGACUCUUUGAAAAAAUAAAAAUAACCUUUUAGUUCACUUACCCGUUUCAGCUCGCCAAUCUUUUACGGUUGUUUCGAAUAGCUCAAGUCAGUCCAGCGAGUACAAAUGCAGAUUUAUCGGACAAAAACAGAUUCGAAUAUUUUGCGAGGUUUUUUCUUGAUUAAUGUUCUCAACUUUGUAGUUUUCAGGACAGUACCUUCUGAUGAUUAUCAAGCGAUGGCGAUGGUAGAAAUAGCUGUGAAAUUCAAAUGGUCUUACGUUUCUUUGGUUUAUUCUGCGGACGAGUACGGGGAGCUAGGUGAAAAUUUUUCAUUAUAACUUCCUGAACGGAAAAGUUCGCUUUCAGGCGCCGACGCUUUUAAGAAAGAAGCAAGAAAGAAAGGAAUAUGUAUCGCUUUGGAAGAAAGAAUACAGAACAAACAAGAAAGUUUUACGGAGUCAACAAAUAAUUUAGUUCAGAAGUGAGUUGCGUUCGAAAAAAAAAUUAAAGCAAAACGAAAAUUCAGAUUACAAGCGGAAAAGAACGUCGGAGCCACUGUAGUGGUGCUAUUUGUUGGAACGGAGUACAUUCCAGAAUUGCUCCGACAUACGGCGGAAAAAAUGCAUUUGUCGUCGGGGUCGAAAAAACGCAUAAUUUGGUAUGAUUUCUUUAUCGGGUUGCACUUAGAUUAGCUGGAAACGCUGAAGCUAUAGCGCAAGUCGUUUUGAGUCUGACGCACUGCUUUCACGAGAGUUUAAAUAGCAAAACGUUUUUUUCAGGCUUGCUUCAGAAAGCUGGGAUAGGAACAAUGAUAAAUAUACUGCUGGUGAAAAUCGAUUGGCUGUCCAAGGAGCUAUUGUUUUGAUGCUGGCUUCUCAGAAAGUCCCAUCUUUCGAAGAGGUUGUUUUAUAUACUAUAUUUGAGAAUACUGUGAAACUUUCAGUACUUCAUGAGCCUCCAUCCUGGUACAGAAAAGUUUGAGCGCAAUAAAUGGCUACGAGAACUUUGGCAAAUCAAGUACAAAUGUGAAUUCGGAGCUCCAGUGUCAUCCAACGCUAACAGGUUUCGCAAAUUUUAGAGGCUUGAAAUUUUCCAGUCGCAUUUGGAAUGGCUUAAAAUGUGUUCUUCAUAAGUCUUCAGAUGCUUGAACGCAUUGAAUCACUCUACAAACUAGAGAACUUUUUAGAAUCUUAAAUAAUCGAGUCAAUAUCCUUUUCAAAAAGUUUCUUUGUACUUAGUUCCAUGUCUGUUCCUUACACGGCACUUGCAAAUAUCGCAACAUUCCUUGUUUGCUCGUAGUGGCUCGUAUUUCAGGAUUUUUUAUACAUAAUUCAAAAAUAGCCUCUGAUUCAGAUGCGAGGACAUUCGGCAAACAACUGAGGGGUUCAAAGCCGACGACAAAGUGCAGUUUGUCAUUGAUGCGGUUUACGCGAUCGCACAUGGCUUACAGGUUGAUUUUUAGACAGUCAAAAAGAAUGAGAGGGUAGAAGAGCACUACCUAGAAACUUCACUAGUUGCUUUUUUCAAAUAUCCGUUUGAAAAAUCAGGAAACUUCAGGCUAUGAAAAAUGUCCAUUGUCCGGACGACGCGAUCGAGACUUCCUGGAUUUCUCGCUACAGUCGCCAGCCGGAGAUCUGCAGAGCCAUGCAGAAUAUCGAUGGAGCUGAUUUUUACCAAAACUACCUUCUCAAAGUCCAAUUUGAUGGUGAGUUGGUUAUUUUUCAUGAUUCUUCGGGGUUUUGUUAAUAUUACCUGGCUUCAAUGACACUUGGAAGGUUAAAUGUUCUGAAAAAACGGCCUCUCUGUCUAUAUUGAAUCUGACAAGGUUUGUUUUAUGAAAAUAUCAAGUCUUUCAUUUCAACAUAAUCGAGCAAUAUAAAUAUAAUUCUGCAAAAAAACGCUUGUUUUUUGUGACUACUUCCGCUUGGGCUCAAGUAUUUACUCGCAUCCCAUUUAUUGGAAGUGUAUUUUUGGACGUCAUUCAAAGCUCAUUAAAAUUUUAAUAAUCCUCGCAUAGGCAUGAGAAAACAGCGCUUCUAAUUUUACGAAUCUUUGAAUGAGUUUGAAAAUGCUGAAAAAAAAUAGGAAUGAAGAACUUGUUUCAGACGUUGUCGGGAAAAGAUUCCACUUCUCAGCUCAAGGAGAUGGUCCCGCGAGUUACACCAUUUUCACCUACAAACCGAAAUCUUUGGAUAAAAGGCGGCGGAUGCUUGGAGAUGAAGACGAAUCCCAGUCGGACUAUGUGGAAAUUGGUCAUUGGAGUGAAAAUAACGUAUGGAAACUUUUUUUGGAAAUUUGUAAGCAUGAAAACAAUUUUAGUUGACGAUUUAUGAUGAGCAACUCUGGUGGAAUGCGAACGAAACUCCAGUUUCAGUGUGUUCAUUACCUUGUAAAGUGGGGUACCGGAAACAAUUGAUCAAGGUUUUCCUAUUGGAAAACGGUUUGAAAAAAUAUUGAGCGUUCAGGACGAACAAUGCUGCUGGGCAUGCAGUAAAUGCGAAGAUUUCGAGUACCUUAUUAACGAAACUCAUUGCGUCGCUUGUGAGCAAGGAAAGUAAGUAAAAUUUUUGAUAGCUUUAAAAUUGAAAACAUAGGUCCCAAUAGGGGUUAAAAGAAAACAGCCCUUGUAGGGGUCGAAAAGUGAAAAAAAUGGGAAAAGUGGAAAAGUGAAAAGUGGAAAAAGCGAAUUUUCAAUCCUGAAAAAAAAAUUAAACAUGUCACCAAAAACCGUUUCAGGUUAAGAAAAAAAAAGAAAAAUCAAGAAUUUUGCAAAUAGUGGAGAAAGGGGUAAUUUAGCACUACGGAUUUAAUUUCGCAGUUAGAAAUGUGCGCGCUUUUUCUGUAAUCUUGGCUCAUUACUGACUUCCCUCAGGGGUUUUUAUAAGAUGUCACUUCAGAGAAUCAGCAGCAAUGCCGCCAGUAAGCUUAAGGAUAUUUUGCCUUUUGAACAGAAAUAUUAUUUUUAUAAAAUUUAUCAGUUAUUAAAAUGUUGCAUCGAAUUUAGAUCGAUUGAGGUCAAAUUUGUAAAUACAAUUUUGGAGACUUCUAUGAGGAGUUUUCCAGAUGGCCAACAAAAGAUCGCAAAGCUUGCUUCGACCUCGCGGUGGCCCAUCUAAAGUACAUGCGAUGGAAGUCAAUGUACUCCAUAGUUCCAGCAAUUUUGGCCGUUAUCGGCAUUGUUUCAACAAUUUUCGUCAUCGUUGUCUACGUCAUGUGAAUUUUUCCUUCGAAAAAAAAAUCUAUGAAUAUUUUUAGGUACAAUGAAACGCCGGUGGUAAAAGCGUCGGGUCGCGAAUUGAGCUACAUUUUGCUCAUAUCAAUGAUUAUGUGUUAUUGUAUGACUUUCGUCCUCUUAGCCAAGCCAAACGCGGCGGUUUGUGCUAUCAAACGAACAGGUUUUUUUGGUUUACCGGUUUUUCCGAUAAAAAUUAACCCAAUCUCAGGUAUUGGCUUUGCAUUCUCCUGCUUGUACGCGGCAAUGUUCGUCAAAACGAACAGAAUCGCCCGAAUUUUCAAUACAAGAACCGCUCAAAGGCCACAAUUCAUUUCGCCUAUUUCACAGGUUCAUAAUAUAGUUCCUGUUUAUGAAAAUUUGAUAUUUUAGGUAGUAAUGACGGGUAUGUUGGCCGGUGUUCAGCUGAUUGGCAGCCUUAUUUGGCUCUACGUUGUCCCUCCAGGUGACAGCUUGAAAAACGGCGGAAAACAUCUCAAAGCAUAAAGUUCGAGUUUUCAGGAUGGAGGCAUCACUAUCCGACAAGAGAUCAGGUCGUCUUGACCUGUAACGUCCCAGAUCAUCAUUUUCUUUAUUCCCUGGCGUAUGACGCCUUGCUUCUCAUUCUAUGCACAAUUUAUGCUGUUAAAACUAGAAAAGUAAGUCGUUUUUUUCGGAUUGUUCUGAUUAUUAUGAUAUUCAAGGUGCCAGAAAACUUCAAUGAAACCAAGUUUAUUGGCUUCUCGAUGUACACAACUUGUGUUGUAUGGCUCAGUUGGAUAUUCUUUUUCUUCGGAACAGGAAGCGAUUUUCAGGUUAGAUUUGAACAUUUUAUAUGCUUGAGUCCAUCAAAAAGACCUGAGAAAUGGAUUAACAGGGAUCAAAUCUGUUUGGCUCUUUUCGUGCUACUUUUUUAGGUUUUUUUUUCUCCUGGAACUAUUUUUGAAAUUUUCAUCAACCUCAGGGAAACGUCACUAUAAAGACACAACCUUUUUUCAAUCUUCCGUAAAAAAUACCUUAUUUAAAAUUUUUCAAGGCUUGCAAUCAAUAAUAGGAAAAUCUUAAUUUUCAGAUCCAAACGACAUCUUUAUGCAUUUCCAUCUCCAUGUCAGCCAACGUUGCUUUGGUGUGCAUUUUCUCGCCCAAACUCUGGAUUAUUUUAUUCGAAAAGCAUAAAAAUGUGCGGAAGCAAGAAGGAGAAAGUAUGCUCAACAAAAGGUUGGUUCUUAUUUCAAGACAGAUGGAGUUUACUUUGAAACCAACACAUUCUGCAGUAUUUCUGGCAAGCGAUUAACGCCAUCAAGUGAACAAUGAAAGGUCUUGAGUGUGUGUUUUGGCGAUACCUUCCCCUUUCAACUGCUUGAGCCUUUUUUUGAAAUAACCAUCAAACCAGCUACUUCUGUCCGCUAUCUCCCUUGAUCGCUUGCAUAGCUUCUACCAAAAUCUUGACCUGUGUGAAAAAGAGGAUGAAUAAUAGGAAAAAUAGAAAAAUCCCUUCAAACCUUAUUCUUUUUUUUCCAGAGCACGAGUACAUAGCGAACAUGAAGAUUUACUUCUUGACUUGCCCUUUAAAAGUUCUCGUCUAGAAAAAUUCAUUUAUAGUCCGGAAAGGAAAUCUUCUUGAUCGUUAUCUUCAAUUUACCACGUUGAAACGUCAAAAUUGCAAGAGGAGUCAAAUAAAAACCCGAUCUUCCCGAUCAAGAAAAUUAUCCGAAAACCGAAAUUUUAAUGUUAUUCAAGCUUUUGUCGAAUUUGACGCCUCAACUUUGGAUUGAAACGAUAGAUCAUUCACCAAACACUUGCUCACAUUAAAAAACCGCUUUUCUAUCCGUUAUAAAUGAAAUUUCGUAUCUUGAAACUGUAAACUCGCAUAAAUUGAACCAUACUCAAGUUAUCAGCAAGUGGAUGGUGAAUAGACUAGAGAUCUUGAGAGCAUUUCAUAAAAUUAAUGUAUAUUUUGCAGCAACCGGUCUUUGGGCAACUGUAGCUCCAGAUUAUGCGCCAGUAGUAUCGAUGAGCCAAAUCAAUACACGGCGCUCCUUUCGGACAGUACAAGAAGGAGAGCUUCAAGAAAGACUUCCCAUCCCACGAGCACCAGCUCGGCUCAAGAUACCUUCUUGUAA